AUGGAUAACCUAAAAAUAGCGGUCUUCGAAAUCUUAAAUAAAAUAACAGUUUUUCCAAUUAUCAUCGGAGUGGGCUCUGUGGUUGUGAUAGCAAAUGUCUUUGCUCGUUACUUUUUUGGUAACAAAUCUUCCAAAAGUAAGAAACUUGUUGCAUUAGUGGACCCUAACACAAAAUAUGCUCUACCUCUUAUUGAACGGGAAGAUAUUAGUCAUGACACGAGACGGUUCAGAUUUGGAUUACCGUCACGUGAUCAUGUCUUAGGACUGCCGAUUGGUCAACACAUACAUUUAUCAGUUAAGAUAGAAGAUGAUCUUGUUAUACGAGCUUACACUCCUGUGUCUAGUGAUGAAGAAAAGGGUUAUGUUGACUUAGUUAUUAAGGUAUAUUUCAAAAAUGUCCACCCAAAGUUUCCCGAUGGUGGCAAAAUGUCUCAAUACUUGAAUGAUAUGAAAAUUGGUGACACAAUUGACUUUAGAGGACCAUCAGGAAGACUGCAAUAUGCUGGAAAUGGAAAAUUCUUAAUCAAGAAGCUAAGAAAAGACCCACCGGUUGAAAUAAAUGUUAACAAAGUUAACAUGAUUGCAGGUGGUACGGGCAUCACGCCAAUGUUGCAACUCGUACGCCACAUUUGCAAGGACGCAGGUGAUCGCACUGAGCUUAGACUUUUAUUUGCAAAUCAGACUGAACAAGAUAUAUUGUUAAGAGACGAACUAGAGAAAUAUCAAAGGGAACAUCCAGAUCAAUUCAACCUUUGGUACACUAUUGAUAAAGCUGAUGAAGGUUGGCAGUAUAGCACAGGGUUUAUCAAUGACACCAUGAUCAAGGAGCAUCUGUUCGCGCCCGGCGAUGACGUCAUCGUGCUAAUGUGCGGACCCCCGCCUAUGAUCAACUUUGCCUGCAACCCAGCUCUAGAGAAACUGGGAUACCCCGAGAACUUACGCUUUGCAUAU